GCUUAAUUCAUUCCUCCAACACAAUUCAAGUGUAAUACCUCUUCUGCAAUAGAUUGAGCAAAAAACUCCUCAACCACAAUCAUGCCCAAAGCCAUAACAAUCGAAAAGAUAGACGGCAAACCAGGCCAAGUCUAUUACCCGUAAGUCCCGCUCCUUUACCCCUCCCCCACCAACCUCCCUCUGUAACAAACUAACAACCAUCAGAUUAAAAAUCCACGAUCUCCCAUCCCCCAAACCAGCACCCAAUGAACUCGUCAUCACUGUCCAGGCCGCUGCUCUGAACCACCGAGACUUCUUCCUGCGCCAACACCUCUACCCCUCCCCCUCCUUCACCGCACCCCUCCUCGCCGACGGCACCGGCAUCGUCACCGGUCUCGGAUCCGCCGCCUCCAAAUCAUGGCUCGGAAAACGCGUCCUGCUCAUGCCAUCGCGCGGAUGGGAAGAAGCGCAUGAAGGUCCGGAGACGGGGAAUUUCGCGAUCCUAGGCGGAACAAGUACUUUUCCUCUAGGCACUCUGCAGGAGGUUCUGUGUGUGGAUGAGAAGGAGGUGGAAGAGGUGCCGGGUCAUUUAUCGGCUGUGGAGGCUGCGGCUCUCCCGCUGGUGGGGUUGACGGGGUGGCGAGCUCUGGUGUCGAAGAGUGGGAAUGCGUUGGAGGGGAGGAAUAUCUUGAUUACGGGCAUUGGAGGGGGUGUUGCGUCGGCGGUUUUGCAGUUUGCUGUUGCGAUGGGGAUGAGAGUUUUUGUGACGAGUGGGGGGAGGGAGAAGAUUGAGAAGGCGAUUAACUUGGGUGCUGUUGGAGGUGUGAGUUAUAAGGGGGAGAAGUGGGAGAAGGAGUUGAAGGAAUUGUUGCCGAAGGAUCGGCCGUUUAUUGAUACUAUUAUUGAUGGCGCUGGGGGAAACGUUGUAUCCAAGGCUGCUAAAUUACUCAAGGUAAAAUUUCACUUCUCCCUCUUUGCUUUACUAAGUCUGCUUUAGUCUGGUGGUACCAUUGUUCAAUACGGCAUGACGGUUGGCCCUAAAAUGGAUUGGUCCAUGCUAGCAGUCCUGAACAAUCUAGAACUCCGAGGCACGACUAUGGGUUCUAGAAAAGAAUUCAGGGACAUGGUAUCUUUUGUCCAGGAAAAGAAGAUUGCUCCGGUCAUUUCGAGAACGGUCAAGGGAAUUGAUAAUAUCAAGGAAAUUGAUGAGCUCUUUGAACACAUGAGGGACGGGUCACAGUUUGGAAAAUUGGUUAUUGAUAUCUCUGCAGAUGGGAAUGGGGGUAGUAGUAAGUUAUGAGUGGAUUCUAGAAGUGAAUGCACUUAUUUUCUUUGUCAACAUUUGUUUUCAUGAUGAUCGUUUAUAUGAGUAAUGAUCAACAGUCACCCAUUUCAUAUUUGCUAAUUGCUAUAUACUUUCUCGUUCACCCACUUGUUAUCUGCAAGCUUUUAUAUACUUUUUAAUACUCCCAGUCAUACCUUCGUUGCGAUCUUUGAUUGUUGUGAUUGGAACGCUGAUUCUUAUAAGCUGUAUAGAUUCCACUGCCAUAAAAUGAAUAACUGGAUCCUCUUGAAUGUUUCCUUGCAAGGAGCUUUUUCCCAUGGAAAACAUCCUAAUACUGGUCUUCCAUUUCUGUCCGCCAUUUUCAAAAUCUCCAUUCCCAAAACGACGCUGAAGUCUCAGCUACUCGCGAAACAUUCUCUCCAACAACUCUCUGCAUCCCCUUCUCUAAUCUUCCUUUUACAAUACAAGUGAUUGUAAUCCCCUUUAUAAUAC